UCUGUCAGCUGAGGAUCCAGCCGAAAGAGGACCCAGGCACUCAGGCCAUCUGAGCAGCAAUCUGUGAAUCUGCUCACCUGGACAACUGGAAUCUGGCACCAAUUCUAAACCACUCAGCUUCUCCGAGCUCACACCCCGGAGAUCACCUGAGGACCUGAGCCAUUGAUGGACUCGGACGAGACCGGGUUCGAGCACUCAGGACUGUGGGUUCCUGUGCUGGCUGGUCUUCUGCUGGGAGCCUGCCAGGCACACCCCAUCCCUGACUCCAGUCCUCUCCUGCAAUUCGGGGGCCAAGUCCGGCAGCGGUACCUCUACACAGAUGAUGCCCAGCAGACAGAAGCCCACCUGGAGAUCAGGGAGGAUGGGACGGUGGGGGGCGCUGCUGACCAGAGCCCCGAAAGUCUCCUGCAGCUGAAAGCCUUGAAGCCGGGAGUUAUUCAAAUCUUGGGAGUCAAGACAUCCAGGUUCCUGUGCCAGAGGCCAGAUGGGGCCCUGUAUGGAUCGCUCCACUUUGACCCUGAGGCCUGCAGCUUCCGGGAGCUGCUUCUUGAGGACGGAUACAAUGUUUAUCAGUCCGAGGCCCAUGGCCUCCCGCUGCAUCUGCCGGGAAACAAGUCCCCACACCGGGACCCUGCACCCCGAGGACCAGCUCGCUUCCUGCCACUACCAGGCCUGCCCCCCGCACCCCCAGAGCCGCCCGGAAUCCUGGCCCCCCAGCCCCCCGAUGUGGGCUCCUCGGACCCUCUGAGCAUGGUGGGACCUUCCCAGGGCCGAAGCCCCAGCUAUGCUUCCUGAAGCCAGAGGCUGUUUACUAUGAAAUCUCCUCUUUAUUUAUUAGGUUAUUUAUCUUAUUUAUUUUUUUAUUUUUCUUACUUGAGAUAAUAAAGAGUUCCAGAGGA